CGCGCCUGCUUCUCCCCCUCGGUGGGACCGGAGGGGCUGACCGACGGACGGACGACAGCCCAUCAGCAGAAAAAAACACCAUGUGAAGAACAGGUAUAUAAAAAAGGGACACGGAAAGCAAACUGCGAGGGUGAGAAGUUAUUCGUCUCACCACCAACACCGGGUCAACGUUUUUAACGGCUCGGCAGAGAGCGAAUGGACAGAGCGGGAGAAGAGCAGGACAGUCUCACCGACGGUAGCAGACACAUAUACCAUGCCGACAAGUGAUGGCCCUAGCCGCUUCCCAGUUUUUGUGGCUCCGCCCCACGGCAACCACCAGCGGUCUCCGGGUUAUGUUCCCGGGCGAGUGGCUCCGGUGCGCUCGCCGCCACCUGCCAAAGCUCCACCGCCUCCACCGCUAAAACCUCACGGUCCGCCACCGGAGCGACAAGCCACUUUCAGCCUGUCAGAGGAGAACCAGCGCCGGGAGCGUGCUCAGAGCCUCCAGCAAAGAAAGAACACACUGAUCUGUUUUGGAGUGUCGAUGGGUGCUUUCUUCCUCACCCUCAUUCUUGUCCUUAGUCUCACAAAUGGAGACGUUUUAGACGAGAAUUGUCCGGACCACAAUCCAUCCCUGAGUAACUGGAAUCCAGGCCACCAACCAGAGAAGGCUGUGGUUGUCAGGAGGGGAGACUUGUUUAGAUUAGAGGCUUCGGCCACCUUCCAUUCACUAACCAUCCAGUCAGGAGGUCGACUAGUUUUUGCAGACAAUGCUGACGGCUCCAAAAACAUAACAUUGAAAACACGACAUAUUCUUAUAGAAGCUGGUGGAGCCCUUCACAUCGGUGCGCCCAAAUGUCGCUACCGUUCUCUUGCCACCAUAGGCCUCGAGGGCCGCUCCGACGACAAGGCGGUCCCUGAAAUACCUGGCCUGGGCCGCAAGUUCAUCGGCGUCAUGAGCGGCGGAACUCUGGAGCUACACGGCACUGAGAGAGUUUCCUGGUCUCUGCUGACACGAAGUGUUCCAGCCUCUGGUCUGGCAACAGGGGGUUAUGCCUUCCAGCGGAACUUCAGCCGAGGCAUCAACCUGCGGGUGGUGGACCAGGACACAGCUGCUGUGCUGCUCUCUGAACGCUUUGACACACAUGAGUCCCGUAAUGACAGUCGACGGCUCACCCAGCUGCUUCGGUCCCUGCCGGCGGGUCGCAUUGUCACACUGGCUAUAGGAGACUCUGCUGUCAAAAGUCUUCUGGAUGAAACCAAGAGGGCAAUUGAAGAGAAGCUUGGCAGCAGCUUUGUCCAUGACCUCAAAUACAGACAGGCGUGGGCUUUGGUCUCUGUGGUAGGCGGCGGCAACGCAUCAUGCUCUGAGGACGUUAGGGAACAUGAAAACCAUGACACUGGAGGGAGAGCUCUGGCAAGACAGAACUUCAGCACCGUGGACGGAGUGGGCUUCUCAGUCACCGCCUACAGCGAGUGGAAGAACGGUUUCCCCAUCUCAGGCUUCCAGGUGGAUGCUGUGGACCAAGUGGUGCUGAACCUGCAGGAUGAAGUGCAGCAGACCUGGAAACCUGGGAAUCAGAUUGUUGUUGCUAGUACAGAUUACUCCAUGCACCAAGCUGAAGAGUUUACCCUGCUGCCAUGCCCUCACUGCACCAGCAGGCAGGUCAGGAUACAAGGGAAGCCUCAGUACAACCAUGUUGGAGAGAUCAUAGAUGGGGUCGACAUGCGUGCUGAAGUGGCUCUGCUCUCUAGAAACAUUCUCAUCUACGGAGAAAUGGAAAACUCCUGCUACGGUAACAACAUGUGCCAGUUCUACAGCCACGACACCUAUGGAGGCCACAUCAAGAUCUUUGGUAACUUCUCAUCAGUGCAUCUGUCCCACGUGGAGCUGAAGAACAUGGGCCAGCAGGGAGAAAAAGGCCGCUACCCCCUCCACUUCCACAUGUGCGGGGAUGUCGACCAGAAGGGAGGCUACCGGGAGCCCACCUAUGUGGACGGACUCUCCAUACACCACUCCUUCUCUCGCUGUCUCACCAUCCAUGCCACAAAUGGUUUGCUGGUGAAGAACAGUGUGGGCUAUGACACCUUGGGUCACUGUUUCUUCCUUGAGGAUGGGAUUGAGCAGCGUAACACUUUCUACCACAACCUUGGCCUGCUUACUCGACCUGGGACUCAGCUGCCCACUGACCGUAACGAGACCCUCUGCAUCAGCAUCAAGGACAAAGUUUACAAGGGCUACACUCCCUCACCCAGCACAGAGUGCAAGGCAGUUUCAACAUUCUGGAUCGCCAACCCCAACAACAACCUCAUCAGCAAUGCAGCUGCUGGUUCUCAGGAUACUGGCAUAUGGUUUGUAUUCCACAGCUCUUCAACAGGAGACUCUCAUGGGCUGGUACCAGAGACCAAGGCAGAGCUCACUCCCCUGGGGAUUUUCUACAAUAACCGUGUACACUCCAACUUUAAGGCUGGGCUGUUCAUUGAUAAAGGAGUGAAGACCACCAAUGCUAGCGCCGCUGACCCCCGGGAAUACCUUUGUCUAGAUAACAAUGCCAGAUUCCGACCACACCAGAAUGCAGACCCUAGCCGUCCUCGGGUGGCGGCAGUCAUUGACACACUGAUCUCCUUCAAGAACAAUGACCUGGGAGCGUGGAUACGGGGAGGAGAUAUCGUCAUCCAGAACUCAGGCUUUGCAGACAAUGGAGUAGGAUUAUCCUUUGCCAGUGAUGGCAGCUACCCUAAGGAUGAAGGCUCCAGCCAGGAGGUGACACAGUCUCUCUUUGUGGGCGAAAGCCGAAACAGAGGGACCAAUGGAGGACAGAAUAAAUACUGGGGCUUAGGAGGGACUGAUGCAAAGAUGAGGACGCUGCCUAGAAACAGGACGUUUCCAAUCCGAGGUUUCCAGAUCUAUGAUGGUCCGGUGCGGCUCACACAGAGCACGUUCCGUGGAUUUAUGCCCACUCCAGAGCGUUACACCAGUGCAGUGGGAUUCAGCUUGAAGAACACCUGGCAGCUCACCCCACGAAACAACCUGUCCCAGCUCAACUUCCACUCCACUGUGGGUCUGCGGACGUUCUUUGGUCGCCCCGGGCAGUGGUUUGAGGAGAAUGACUUGGAUGGUGACAAGAACUCAAUUUUCCAUGAUGUGGACGGGUCAGUGACAGGCUAUAAAGACACCUAUGUCGGCAGAGCAGACAACUUCCUGAUCAAACAUCCUGGCUGUGUCAACAUGUCCCAGUGGAAUGGAGUGAUCUGUAGUGGCCGCUACUCUCAGGUGUACAUCCAGACCCAAGGAGCUCCCAACCUCAGUCUGUCAAUAAGCAGAGAUGAAUACCCCACGGCUCCUCUGGUGCUGAGGGGGAUCAACAGCCAGGGGGCGCUGUUCCAGCCCAUCUUGAUGAUGAGCAAGAGCUACACGCUACACUGGAGCGGACCUGCACCCCGAGAGGUCGUCCUCUCGCUCAUCAACUUUGACAAAGAUGACUGGUUGCUGGUUGGACUUUGUUACCCAUCAGACAGCACAUUUCAGAUCAUGGCCGACAUCAACGAUAGGCAAAGCAACACUUUUGAUGACAUGACAGACUAUGGCACCGUGUCAUCUCUUGCAGAGCUAGAAAAGAGACCGAUGGAGAGGAAAUACUUCUUUGACCAAACUACUGGGUUGUUGUGGCUCUACCUUCGGGCCCGGCACGGUCGUGAAGGUCACAGCUACUGCUCAGUGAAAGGCUGUGAAAGAGUGAAAAUCAUGGCUACCACGACCUCCAAACAGAGUUGUAACUGUACAGCCAAGGCGUACCCCAAGUACUCCAAGACCCCCUCUGCAGUGGUGCCUAUGCCUUCCCUCAACACACAACCCUGCAAAGGCUGUGGAGCAAAACAGCUUGUGUUUUCCAGUGAGCCAUGGACGUCCUACCUCCAGACACAAAUCAAGUCUCUGAGCAGCAAAGAGCAACAGAGAGGAAGCAAAAACAUCUCCUUUAUUACUGUGAAUGAGGUGACGAUGCCCUUCUCUCAGCCCGGGUAUUUCCUGGUGUCUGUGGAUGCCUGCUCUGGGAAAGUCACCAAGAAAACCUCAUUUGCCAAGAUGGACACCAAGAUGGCACAGUACCUAAAAACUGGAAUACCAAAGAGGUCUAUAGUGCUCAUGGCAACACGAGGUCAGCUAGAAGGCCUAACUGGUGUAGCACCAUAUCUGGUCUCCUUUGGUGUGGCCAAAGUUGCUGAUCUGGGCAGUAAAGAGAGUCUAGCACUCUGGGGAUUCCAGGGCAGUUCUUCACCCCCUCCGUGGGUCUCGCUCCAAGCCGGGCACGAUGAUGAGUUCCUGGGGCUGCAGGAGCGCUACCUGCCACUUGGUCUGGAAGUAUACGGCUGUUCGCCACAUGCAGCUAAAACACGCAAAGACCUGGAGCUGCUAAAAAAAGCCACGGGACUACAAUGACCAAUGUGAACUAUACAACUUACCUACCCAAAACACUCUUGCACACAGAUACACAAACACACACAACCAGCUGAUGAAUGUGAACUGCUGAACCUUUAAUUUAUUAACAAUGGCAAAGAUGUUUACCAGUUUCAAGCGGAGAGAAGGUAUUUUAUUAUGAGUGGGGGUGAGUAUUUUUGUGAUUUAGUUUGUGUGUCUGCGUGUGUAUGUGUAAGUAUGCCUUGGGGCCGUUGAGUCAAUGCACUUUCCUUUUUAAAGACACAACUUGCCUUAUCAGCAAAAAUGAUCAAACGGAGCUUUGCAAUAACUUUAUGGUUUAUCUUGGACAACAGUCAAAACAAAUCCAAAGCACCCAUUAACAUCUAUUAUUAUUUAUUAUGUCAUAAAUGAAAACACAACACAACAAUAGUUACAAACAGGCCAGAAGGAAAUUAUGGAAAUAAAUUGCAUUGUCCCUGAAAAAUGAGACCAUGUUCAAUUGGAACUGAAAAUGAAACGAGAUGGAUUGGAUGUGCUCAGGUCAAAGGGAAAUAAUGAAAAUAAAUGUCAUUGCAUCUGAGAAUUAAACAGCUAUAUUUAGCCAAAACGUGUAGUGUACUAAAACAGAGCCAGGAGCCAGUUAGAUAUGUUAGCUGUUACCGUUAUUUAUUGCAAAACACCUAUAAUUUUUAAACCAAGCCAUAUUCAUAUUAGUAUUUAAAGAGUCAUAUAGACAUAAUAGUUUGCAGUGAAUUAAAUCUGGUUAUCUUGCCUUAUUGGAUUUGCGUAGCUGUGACAUACAAAAAAUAGCAUUAAAGAGAUAAUUUAAUCACAUCUGGAGACAGUAUGUAGCCCAUUAAUCUUUUUCCACACACACACACAUAUUUUUAGUUGAUGUCUGUAACAACUGAAUCUUUAACUGGAAAACCUCCUCUGAUCAUCGUGCAGCUGUACAAAAAAAAAUACUUUAAGCACCUUUAUAUGGAUUCCUACCUGGAUUUACUGGAUCUUUUAUCUCUCAUAUGUUUAUUUAUCUCUUCACAGUGAUGGUGUCUCAAGUGCUGGCCACAUGUACAGCACAGAUAUACAUAUACUGUAGAUUACUUUUCUUUUUUUUUUUUCUUUUUUUUUCUUAAACAAAAUUGAAUGUUUAACCUUUCAUCUGCCUCAUACAUGAUCUUUUCAUGUGCAUUAUUGCCAAAACAGUAUGUUGAGAUAUGAUGCCAGGGUGCAUUUUUAGAGGUGGCACCCUGGCUAUACAGUAGUUAGCAACAAAAUGCAUACAGAUCAUAUUCUAGCUGUAAGGCUUUAUGUUGAUACUUACAGUAUAUAAUCUUUUUAAAGGGUGUUUGGAUGUGAGCAGGGCUCCCCCACUGAGCAAUGAUAAGUACCUGUCUGUGACUGUGUGUGUGCGACUGUGUGAGUGUAUGACUGACCAUGUGAGAUAGAGAGAAGACAUUUACCUUGUUGCCUUUUAACCACUCUACUGUUAAAAAGAGCAAAAGAACGAGAGAGAGAAAUGUUUCCGAACCUUGCCUUUUGUUCAAUUGAUGCUUUGAAAAUGCACAACCAGAGAGUUCCUAAUUUUUUUUUUUUUUUUUUUUUUAAAUUAGACGUGAGCUUUGUAAAUAGUGUUCAAUGUUAUAACUCAAACUGUACAUGUAAUGGACAUGUCAAACAGGUUGUCAAUUUACUGUGUGUUUGUUUUUUGUCAAAUAAUGGAAAAAUUGAAGUCAGUUCUUUCAAUAUGGAAACUUGGCAUUUGUUAUGAAAUUGCCAAUUAAAUAAACAUUUAUGCUUUGUGAUAAA